AUGGCGCUCCGGGUCCCCAGCAUCAACACUGAUCCUGACCCCGCGUUCACCAGUUAUCAGAAGCUCUGCGUCUUCACCUGUCACCAGUGUGCUGAAGAGUCCUUCUUGCCAAAGCAUAACAGGAGCUGCGGCUCCCGCCCCUUCCCCAGGACCUGGCACCUGAAGCAGCUGCAGGUGUGGGAGCGCCCCGUGGCCUUGGAGGCGGAGCUGGCCCUGACUCUGAAGGUCCUGGGGACCAUGGCUGACUCGUCCCUGGGGGACAUCCUGGACCAGCCCCUUCACACGCUGAGCCUCAUCCACUCUCAACUCCAGGCCUGUGUCCCCGCUCAGCCCACAGUGGGCCCCAGGCCCCGGGGCCGCCUGCACCAGUGGCUGCACCGGCUCCUUGAGGCCCCGAGGAAGGAGUUCCGUGGCUGCCUCCAAGCCUCUGUCAUGUUCAACCUCCUCCGCCUCCUCACCCAGGACCUGAAACGUGUAGCUGAUAGAGACCUGUGUGUCUGA